AUGGGUCUCCUCGAUAUUGUUCCUGCUGGUGUUGUUACUGGAAAGAACCUCUUGAAGGUUUUCGAGUAUGCUCGUGAGCAUAACUUUGCUAUCCCUGCCAUCAACUGUACUUCCACUAGUACCGUCAAUGCUGCUCUUGAAGCUGCCCGUGAUAACAAGUCUCCUAUCAUCAUCCAAUUCUCUCAAGGUGGUGCCGCCUACUUUGCUGGUAAGGGUUUAGAUAACAAGAACCAAGAAGCUUCCAUCAUUGGUGCUGUUGCUGGUGCCCAGUACGUUCGUGCUGUUGCCAAGGCCUACGGUAUUCCCGUCAUCGUUCACUCUGACCACUGUGCCAAGAAGCUCUUGCCUUGGUUCGAUGGUAUGCUUGCUGCUGAUGAGCAAUACUACAAGGCUCACGGUGAACCCCUCUUCUCUUCUCACAUGUUGGAUCUUUCUGAGGAAACCAAGGAAGAGAACAUUGAGACCUGUCUCAAGUAUCUCAAGCGCAUGGCUGCUAUUGAGUGCUGGCUCGAGAUGGAAAUUGGUAUCACUGGUGGCGAGGAAGACGGUGUUGACAACUCUGGUGUUGAUAACUCUGCUCUUUACACUCAACCUGAAGACAUCUGGGAUAUCCAAAAGGCCUUCAGUGAGGUUACCAACUUGUUCUCUAUUGCUGCUGGUUUCGGUAACGUUCACGGUGUCUAUGCCCCUGGUAACGUCAGAUUGCACCCUGAACUCUUGGGUAAGCACCAAGCUUAUGUCGUUGAACAGCUCAAGUGUGAGAACCCCAAGCCUGUCUUCUUUGUCUUCCACGGCGGUUCCGGUUCUUCUGAAGCCGAGAUCUCUGAAGCUGUCCGCAACGGUGUCGUCAAGAUGAAUGUUGACACUGAUACUCAAUGGGCUUACUGGGAAGGUCUCAGAAACUACUACGAAUCCAAGAAGGGAUACCUCCAAACUCAAGUUGGUAACCCUGAAGGUGAGGGUAAGCCCAACAAGAAGUACUACGAUCCCCGUGUCUUCAUCCGUGAGUGUGAAAAGACCAUGUCCAAGAGAGUUAAGCAAGCCUGUAAUGACUUGGGUAACACUGAUACAUUGUAA